AUGGACCCCUGCUCUUCGCUCUUUAGCUACGUGUUAAUGCACUUGUUCGUCCUCUGCCUGCAAGCCCAGGUAACUGUUCAGUCCCCACCUAAUUUUACACAGCAUGUGAGGGAGCAGAGCCUGGUGACAGAUCAGCUCAGCCGGCGGCUUGUCCGUACCUACCAGCUGUACAGCCGGACCAGCGGGAAACAUGUGCAGAUCUUGGACAACAAGAAAAUCAAUGCGAUGGCAGAGGAUGGGGAUGUGCACGCCAAACUCAUCGUGGAGACAGACACCUUUGGGAGCCGUGUGCGUAUCAAGGGGGCAGCCACAGGUUUCUACAUCUGCAUGAACAAGAAGGGGAAGCUGAUUGGCAAGAGCAACGGCAAAGGCAAGGACUGCGUGUUCACGGAGAUCGUGCUGGAGAACAACUACACGGCGCUGCAGAACGCCAAGUACGAGGGCUGGUACAUGGCCUUCACCCGCAAGGGCCGCCCACGCAAGGGCUCCAAGACCCGGCAGCACCAGCGCGAGGUGCAUUUCAUGAAGAGGCUUCCCAAGGGCCACCAGACCACCGAGCCCCACAGACGCUUUGAGUUCCUUAACUACCCCUUCAACCGGAGAAGCAAAAGGACUAGAAACUCCAGAGCGGGUCCUUGAUGUGCCUGCCCCUGCCCCCUCUGCCUGCGUCCCUCCUGGAGGAUGCUCCUCUGAGCUUGGUGGACUAUAUGUAGAGACUUUCCCAUAUGGGCAUUAAACAAAACAAAAAAAAAAAAAAAUAAAAGGGAGGGGGGAGGAAAAAAAUUACCUGUUCUAGUUGUUGGUACUUUUGGAGGGGUGUUUGGUUUUUACAAAAAAAGGAGAAAAAAAAAAAAGAGAAAAAAUUGAGAGAGGCUCUAUUUUUGUACUCCAGCUUUAAAAGUAAUGAAACAUUCAAAGACUGGUGAAGGGGGAGAGUAGCCCUUCACUUAGAAAUGUUCUAGUCUUUUUGGGGUUGCGCUUUAUUUUGUAUUUUUUUUUUUUUUUUUUUUUGUAGCUCUAGGGGGAAAGGAGUUAAAAAAUCAUGUUUAAAACAAACAAGCAGAAAAACCAUGGAAAUCCAAAUUUGGAAGUGAUGUGCUACUUAAAUGAACUGAACUAAUGCUAUGCUUGCUGGAGAAGAUGGAGAGGCUGGAAAACAGCUAAGAGGAGGGGAUUUUUUUCUGGGGGUGGUUGGAGGCCUCCUAGGUGGUUUUUGCAGCCUGGGUGAUGUGGGGACACUGCCAAUGGGGGCUGACUGUGACGCCUGGGGUGAGGACCACUGGAUGCUUUCUUUCCUCGGAUGUGCCUACUCCUUUGGCCGAGCAAGGGGUUGCUGGAAGUCGCAUCCUUCUGAGAAUGCUGCUGGAUUCACACCUCUCAACUUACUUUUUUUUCUCAGGAGGGGACAGGGGUGAUGGAUUUCCCAGAGAAAGUCCUGAACUGACUUGGUACCGCUUACCCAUGGGAGCAUCUUUGGCAUUUGGUUUGUUUUAAAGUACUAAGGUACAGCUGCUGUGGAGCGGGCUGAUAACUGGUAUUAUUUUUUCCCCAUGUGGAAAAUGUGAACUUCUCACCAAAAACCGGUAUUUUUUUUCUGUCUAUAUUUUUUUUAUGAGAUGCAAGUUUUCAUCCAUAAAAUUAAACAAAGUUUACAAAUUAUGGUGGAGCCAUUUCAGG